CCGGGGAGCUGGUGCCAGAGGGGGGGUCGGUGGUAGGUGCCCGGGGAGCUGGUGCCAGAGGGGCAGCCCAUCCAUGGAGGAAAAGCGCAUCCUGUGUAUUGGCCUGGUUUGCCUGGACAUAAUCAGCGUGGUGGACAUGUACCCGGCCGAGGACACGGACACCAGGUGCCUGUCUCAGCGCUGGCAGCGGGGCGGCAAUGCCUCCAACUCCUGCACCGUGCUGUCCCUGCUGGGGGCGCCCUGCGCCUUCAUGGGCUCCUUGGCGCCAGGCCACGCAGCAGAUUUCAUCGUGGCAGACUUCCGGCGCAGGGGUGUGGACGUAGCACAUGUGGCGUGGCAGAGCCGCGGGGACACGCUGUGCGCCUGCUGCCUUGUCAACAGCACCACCGGCUCGCGGACGGUCACGCUCUAUGACACAAACCUGCCAGAUGUGACAGCCCAGGAUUUCGAGCAGGUCGACCUCACCCAGUACAAGUGGAUCCAUUGGGAGGGCAGGAACGCUGCGGAGCAGGUGAAGAUGAUCCAGCGCGUGGAGGAGUAUAACCAGACCUGCCCAGCCCACCAGAGAGUCUCUACGUCGGUGGAGGUGGAGAAGCCCCGGGAGGAGCUGUACCAGCUCUUCGGCUACGCAGACGUGGUAUUUGUCAGCAAGGACGUGGCGAAGGACUUUGGGUUCCACUCGGCGCCUGAGGCCGUGAAGAGGCUUCGCAGCCGUGUGAGACCAGGGGCCACCGUGAUCUGCGCCUGGGCCGAGGCAGGGGCUGAUGCGCUGGGGCCUGACGGGGAGCUCGUCCACUCAGACGCCUUCCCCCCGGAGACCAUCGUGGACACACUGGGCGCUGGAGACACCUUCAAUGCCGCCGUUCUCUUUGCCCUGUCGAGAGGGCAGAGGCUGCAGGAGGCGCUGACCUUUGGCUGCCAGGUGGCCGGCAGGAAGUGCGGGGUCCAUGGCUACGACGGCAUCGUGUGAGCAGAACGCCGCCCGCUGCGGGAGUCGCCCCCUUUGCACCAGGAGGUGGCAGCUGGUGCCGACUGGCCGGGAUUUCCUGGGGCGCGAGGGCUGAGCUGUUGGCGCUGCCCGCCGGGUGCCGCGGUGCCAGCUGCCCGGGCACUGUACCAGGCCCUGCGGGUCCCCUCCCUGUCCUGCGUAGUCAAUAAACGCUUGGGAACAGC